AUGGUGAACAUUCUGAUGAAUGCAGCAACUCAGCCCAGAAACGCCUCAGAGGCAGUCAAGUACACCGUAGCCGCAUCAGCCCUACUUGUAGGAGAUUUUCGAUGCUUGCACAUCGACGUAUCAUCCAACUACCAAGGAUCGAGGACAUACCUAGUUUUUACUACUCCGGAUGGUUCGAUUCUCGAGCAGGCGAUCACUCUAAGCUUCAAGGGCAAUGGGCAGGCUGAAGCGUCCAACAAGACCAUCCUCGACGAGUUCCCUGAUGUUCUAUGGGCAUAUCGCACCACCAAAAGACAAGCAACAGGUGAAACUCUAUUCUCUCUGGCCUAUGGUUCUGAGAUGAUCAUUCUUCCCAACGUCGUAGUGCCAAGCAUCAGCACUGUACUGUUGAACUUUGAGCAGAACGAAAAAGAGAUGGCUACCAACUUAUACCUGGUAGAGAAAGAGCGCGAGAAGGUUAUCACCUGCAUUGCGGCCUAUCGGCAGCAGCUUCUCUCCAACUACAACAAAGGGUAA